AUGCCUCCAUUCGCCGCUGAACAAGCCUCUGCUGCCGCUCCCUUGGCCUUCAAGGUCAACAGCAAGAACGUCCAGUACACUGACUCCCACAUCAUUGCGGACUAUGCCUACGAGAACGCCACCGUCACCAAGGGCGUCGAUGGUUCUUACUCCGUCAACCCCACCGCUGUCAAGUACACCUUCAAGACCGAUGCCAAGGUCCCUCGCGUUGGUCUCAUGAUGGUCGGAUGGGGUGGAAACAACGGAUCGACCUUGACCGCUUCCAUCAUCGCCAACCGCCACAAGACCAUCUGGCACACCAAGGAGGGUGUUCAGGAGCCCAAUUACUUUGGAUCCGUCGUCCAGGCCUCGACCUUGAAGCUCGGUGUUGACGCCAAGGGUAACGAUGUCUACAUUCCCUUUUCAGACAUCCUGCCCAUGGUCCACCCCAACGACCUCGUCCUCGGUGGUUGGGAUAUCUCGUCCUUCAACCUUGCUGACUCCAUGGUCCGUGCCCAGGUCCUCGACUACGAUCUCCAGCGCCAGGUCAAGGCUGAGAUGGCCACCCUCAAGCCCCUUCCCUCGGUCUACUACCCCGACUUCAUUGCCGCCAACCAGUCCGACCGUGCUGACAACGUCCUCCCCGGCAACGACAAGCAUGCUCACGUCGAGCAGAUCCGUGCCGACAUCCGCAACUUCAAGGCCGCCAACCACUUGGACAAGGUCAUUGUGAUCUGGACUGCCAACACUGAGCGUUUCUCUUCUCUCUUGGACGGCGUUAACGACACCGCCGAUAACUUGCUCAAGGCCGUCAAGGAAUCGCACGAGGAGGUCUCGCCCUCAACCGUCUUUGCCAUCGCCUCGAUCCUCGAGAACACCCCCUUCAUCAACGGAUCGCCCCAGAACACCUUCGUUCCCGGAUGCAUCGAGCUCGCUGAGCGCCACAGCGUUUACAUCGGAGGUGACGACUUCAAGUCUGGCCAGACCAAGGUCAAGUCGGUCAUUGUCGACUUCCUCGUCAACGCCGGUAUCAAGCCCAUUGCCAUCUCGUCCUACAACCAUCUCGGUAACAACGACGGCAAGAACUUGUCAGCUCCCCAGCAGUUCCGCUCCAAGGAGAUCUCAAAGUCGAACGUCGUCGAUGACAUGGUCGCUGCCAACCACAUCUUGUACAAGGAGGGCGAGCACCCCGAUCACUUGGUCGUCAUCAAGUACAUCCCCGCUGUCAAGGACUCGAAGCGUGCCCUGGAUGAGUACGUCUCGGAGAUUUUCAUGGGCGGUCGCAACACCAUCUCGAUGUACAACACCUGCGAGGAUUCUCUUCUUGCCUCGCCCUUGAUCUUGGAUCUCGUCAUCCUCACCGAAUUGAUGACCCGCAUCCAGUACAAGACUGAGGAUAUGGCCGAGUUUGCUCCCUUCAACUCUGUCUUGUCGGUCCUGUCCUACAUGUUGAAGGCCCCCUUGGUCCCCCACGGCACCCAGGUCGUCAACGCUCUCUCCAAGCAGCGCAGCGCCAUGGAGAACAUCUUCCGUGCCUGUGUCGGUCUUCCUCCCCAGAACGACAUGCUCCUCGAGGCCAAGACCCAGGCCAACCGCCAGUAA